AAAUCUUUUGGCCCAGCUCCUACCUCCCGGCAGCCUUGCCAGGCCCAGAACUCUCUCCAGUCAGCCUCUACAGACCAAGCUCAUGACUCACAAUGGCCUAUUUAGGCCCAUAGCCUACCUCACGGCAGUCUCCGCAGAUGAGCCUACUGCCUCACAACAGCCUCCACAGGCACAGCUCCAUCGUUACAAUGGCCUCUUUAGACCCAGCUCCUGCCUCCCAGCCUUGUCUCCAGGCCCUGAACUUUCUCCGUGGGACCAUCCAGUUUCAGGAAAACAAGCUUAACACGCCCACUGAUUCUACAUUAUGCAGAUUCUUCAGGCCCAGCAUCUGCCUCACUGUGGACCCCCCAAGCCAAGCUCCCAACCUUUCAGCAGCUUCUACACACCCAGCUCCCGCCUGCCAGUGGCCUCUUCAGGCCCAUGGGGCUCAUUCCUCACAACAGCCUUUCCAGUCCCAGUUUUUCCCUUCCGGCGGCCUCUCCGGGCUGAGAACCUCCUCAAGUCGGCCUCUCCAGACUCACUUGCACCCUCCAGGCGUCCUCUCCGGGCCAAGCUCCUCUUCCUGGCUGCGUCUCCAGGCCCGACUCCUGCCUCUCAACAACCUCUUUGGACUCAGUGCCUACCCAUCUCCUGGCGUCCUUGGUCGGCCCACAGCUUCCUCAAGCCAAGCUCCCCAGGCCCAGGUCAGGCCUCACGGUGCCCCCUCCACGAUGAGCUCCUGCCCUCCAAUGGCACCUGCAGGACCCAAAUGGUCUCCGGUCGGUGGACUCCUCCACGCCAAGCUUGGGCCUCCCGGUGACCUCUGCAGGCCCAAGUUGUCCUGAAGUCGGCAUCUCCCAGCCAUGCCUCCCAGCAAGUAAGCAAGCUCUUUUGGCUCAACUCCUGCCCAGCUCCCAACCGCCUUUGUAGGUCCCGAACUUUCUCCAGCCAAGUUCUUUGGGCCUCAUUCCUGCC